CCAGAGGAUGGCAGUAAUACGACACCAAGGAUGCCAGCUGCUCUUACACUUCAAAGCAGAAGAAGAAGAAGAGCCCAACGCGGAAGUCAUGAAGGCUACGCUAGUAAUGCUAAUGCUAACCAGCUGUGUAGUUAUCCUUGCCGGUUCUUGCUGACAGAAAUUCACCUUGCGUUCUCGCCAGUUAACUUUCACUCUAAUUUACUUAGCUGCUACAAAGCUGCGUGACUGUGCCGUAUAUGUGUUCCUGUUUUGUGAAAUAUUCAUGCAGCUGAGGCGCUAAAAAUGAGAGAAGGAGUGUGUGUCCUGUGACUCAGCUCUUGUGUAGCCAUGGAGAAGUCCUGGAGGCUGUGGGGGGCAGUGGAGCGUUGUACCCUGACUCUGGCCUCCUGGUCUUGGGGUGCAUGCCGAGUCUCCCUUUUGGCUCUCAUCCUCACCUUCCACUUGUAUGGUGGAUUCUUCCUCCUAGCUCUUAUCCUAGCCUCUGUGGCAGGCAUCCUCUACAAAUUUCAGGAUGUGCUCCUCUACUUCCCUGACCAGCCCUCCUCCUCUCGCCUUUAUGUCCCCAUGCCAACAGGAAUCCCUCAUGAAAAUGUGAACAUCCGCACCAAGGACGGUGUAAAGCUUAACCUCAUCCUGCUUCGCUACACAGGAGGCGACACACCUCCUGGAGUCACCCCUGGCAAUCAAAGCAGCCCCACUUCCUCUGCUCCACCUACAAUCCUAUAUUUCCAUGGUAAUGCAGGUAAUAUUGGUCACAGGGUGCCAAACGCCCUGCUCAUGCUGGUCAAUCUAAAAACCAACGUGGUGCUGGUGGAUUACCGUGGCUAUGGAAAAAGUGAGGGUGAGCCCAGUGAGGAUGGGCUGUACCUGGAUGCAGAGGCCACGCUGGACUAUGUCAUGACCCGUCCUGAUCUGGACAAGACAAAGGUGGUACUAUUUGGCCGCUCACUGGGGGGUGCUGUGGCUGUGCGCUUAGCAUCAGUCAACCCUCACCGUGUAGCAGCCAUUAUUGUUGAAAACACCUUCCUCAGCAUCCCCCACAUGGCAGCGACACUCUUCUCCUUCUUGCCAAUGCGCCUGCUGCCUUUGUGGUGCUAUAGGAAUCAGUUCCUGUCCUAUCGACAGGUGGCGUUGUGCCGCAUGCCCUCGCUGUUUGUGUCUGGUCUGUCGGACCAGCUCAUCCCACCUGUCAUGAUGAAACAACUGUAUGAGCUGUCUCCUGCGCGGACUAAACGCCUGGCUAUCUUUCCAGAGGGCACACACAACGACACAUGGCAGUGUCAAGGCUACUUUGCGGCUUUGGAGCAGUUUAUAAAAGACCUGCUGAAGAGCCACGCCCAUGAGGAGAGUGCCCAGCCUUCAUCUAGUGUCACCAUUAUCUGAAAUAAAAAGUCAUGGACUGAUUGUUGACUACAGGUUGUGGGCUGGAGGAAGUGAAGGCUCUCAUGGGAAACCUAUUGAAUGGACUUUUUUUUUUUUUUUUUUUUAGAAAGAAUG